UCCCUCUCAGCGCCCCGUAUUUGUUUACAUUCGCACGCAGCUUGUUGGAAACGAACAAUUUACCGAGUGUAGGAAACAAUAAAACGCAUUAAUCGACAUCUGCUCAGGCUCAAUUUACAUAUAAUAACUCGAUUAUCAUACAGCAUAUUAAAUCCCGCAGAGGAUUUAAAGGGAUGUCAGCCGUGCAGAGAGCGAACACGUGGGAGAUCUCAGACUCAGAGGAAGAGAGUGAUGAAAAUAAACCAUCAUCAUCAUCAUCAUGUGUAAUGCUCGAUCAGGACACAUGCACGGAUGAAUCAAACCCUUCAGCCGCAUCCAGGAGCACUUCCGGGCGGCCAGAAGACCGCAGCAUCCGCGCGGCUGGAGAGAAGAGGAGGAGGAGGACGCGAGAGGAGGAGCAGGAGGUCCGAAGAGCUGCCUCAGAGACACGGAGACAGCUCCGAGAGGAGAAGCUACAAGAGCAGCAGCGGAGGACAGAGGCCGCGGUGAGAGUGAGCCUGUUAAAGCCGGAGAACUUCAUCAAGAGGCUGACGCUGCAGAUUCACGCAGCGACUGAAGAUGAAGCUAAAAAUGGAGUGAUUGAAGAAGAUCAGGUCCUGAUGGUGAUCUCCCAUAAUGAGUUUGAGGACAUGGUUAUGUCACAUAAAACUGUGACCAAUCAGUCGGCUCCCAUUGGUGAUGUGUACGAGGAGGCGGAGUCUCUGUUGCAGCAUCUCUAUAAAUACUUGAACAAAACUUCGAGGAAAUUUGUCACAAUUCUAGUGAUCAGUCAUCAGCAACGAUCAGGAUCUGGGGAUGAAGAUGAUUUUGACUUCCACCUCAAUCAGCAUCAUCUGGACACAGAAGGGCUGCUGGUUCACCUCCAGCUCUACUGGAAUGUGUCGGUGAACUUCCUGUUCGGCUGGCAGGAAGUGACCGAUCAUGUGGUUGCAGUUACCAAAGCUUUAUCCAAGAGACCUUACAAGGCGUUGUGUGGUGACCCUGAUCUGGGGUUCUGCAUGGACGGCUCGUGGUCGGCAGGUGUGCGAGUGGACAGAGACGGCCGCGGUCUCGCUCAGGUGUGGACACGUCAGAUCCAGCAGCUGAACCGCGUCAGUCCAGCUCUGGCCAAAGCCGUGACGAGCGUCUACCCCUCUCCUUCCCUCCUGCUGCAGGCCUAUGAGGAGCUGCCGUCUGAGGAGGAGCGACGCAGACUAUUGGCUGAUCUCGCUGUGGUGGGCGGAGCCAAAGAGAGGCGUGUUGGUCCUGAGCUCGCUGGCCGUAUAUAUCGCCUCCUCACUUCCCAGAAUCCUCAUCUCCUGCUGGAUUAAGAGCAGAUUUGUGGGAGUGAAAAACUAAUUUUGCACUUUAUCACCAGUAUAGAAGACUAACCUUCUUCUAUAAGUUUGUGCCUCAAAUUAUUGCAUUCAUUCUCCAUUAUGAACUUAUUAAUGAAUAUACCAUCAAUACUUGAAAAUUAAACACUAAUUAAACAUUUUAUGUUUGUAUGGAUUAUUUAAAACUGAUUGUAAAUUUAAGACUGAAAAAGUGAAUUUAUUAUAUGAAUUGAAAAUAUUAAUCUAUUAAUUGGUGUUG